UCCCGGGGCUGGUGCUCGGAGCUGGGCAGAGAAGGUCUCAGUCUGGGGGGUCCCGAGGAGUUUCCAGGUCUCUCCCUCCUGAGCAGCGAUGGGGGCGGGUCGGAUCCUGGGGGCCGGGAGCCGCUGGGCUGGGGCUCUGCUGGUGACACUGACGGUGCUGAGAACCCACCUGGCUCGUUGCACGGAGCCCCCGAGGGGGUUCGUGUAUCAGGAGAACGCGGAGUGUUACUUCACCAACGGCACCGAGCGGGUCCGGUUCCUGGACCGCUACAUCUACAACCGGCAGCAGAUCCUGCACUUCGACAGCGAGCUGGGGGUGUUCGAGGCGGACACGGAGCUGGGGCGGCCGGACGCCGAGUACUGGAACAAGGACCAGGCGUUCCUGGCGCAGGCGCGGGCUGCGGCGGACACGUUCUGCCGACACAACUACGGGGCGGACGCGCCUUUCACCAUCGACCGGAGAGUUCAGCCCAAGGUGAAAGUUUCCCCCACGAAAUCGGGGUCCCAGCCCCACCCCCACCUGCUGGUUUGCUCGGUGACGGGGUUUUACCCCGGGGGGAUCGAGAUCCAGUGGCUGAAGAACGGGCAGGAGCAGACGGCCGGGGUGGUGUCCACGGAGCUGCUCCAGAACGGAGACUGGACCUUCCAGAUCCUGGUGAUGCUGGAGAUGAGCCCCCGGCGCGGGGACGUCUACACCUGCCAGGUGGAGCACGUCAGCCUGCGGGGGCCCCUCGCCGUGCACUGGGAGGCGCAGUCUGACUCCGCCAGGAGCAAGAUGCUGACGGGGGUCGGGGGCUUCGUGCUGGGGCUGAUCUUCCUGGCGCCCGGACUCCUCAUCUACCUGAAGAAUAAGAAAGGGCGCCCCGUUCCCCAACCUGCAGGGCUCCUGAGUUAGAUCCUGGGCGUCGGAUCCCCCGGCCGGCAGGAGUUUCCGUCCGUCUCCCCCAGCCCCUCGCCCAGCCCGGAGAAUGCAGAACCUGGGGCCGGUCCCUUCCUGUCCCCGCCUGCUCCCCGCGCUCUGCCCGGCUCCAGCCCGCACUGCCCCCCCGGGGACCCGUCCCUGCCCCUCAGUCCCAGCAGGGCUCUGGGGCGACCCUGUCACGCUAUCGAGUGGCUCACAAGUGUGGGGACCAAUCUCAGGGCACAGUUAGUACCCAGGGCACCAACCCCACAUUGGGUGAGUUCUGUACUGAGAUUUCACCAAAGUAUCGGGUGUGAACUCCACAGGCCCUGUAACAACGUAACCGCGGAGCCCCGGACAGUCCCCUUGGGCUCUGCUCUGUCUGGCCACCCCGGCCAGCCUGCCCCUGUGACCGAUCGAUCGUCCCUUCCCCCACAAAUCACAGCGACAUUCGGUCACUCCCUGUCCCACAGGACCAGUCGCUCACCCCAGGGCAGCGGCACCUUCGGUCUCACCGCACAGGCAACGCUUGUAGCCAGUCCUGUAAUAACCUCAGUAAAGAUUUGUUAAC